AAAAGAAUGUUCAUUGUCUGUAUUUCGAAACAAAGCGCGCUUUUCUGUUUAUGCAAUAUUCGAUAACCGUGACGAUCGUUGCUCGAAAGUAGUAAUUUUCAGGUUAGAUGUUUGCAGAACAGGUAGUAGAUACUAUUAAGCCCGCCAUUCCGUUGGAAGAGACGAGGGAACGAUCUCGGCAACUUCAAGAAUUUCUUUCGCACAGAAUAACGCGUACUAACGGAACGGGCGGUGAUGGAAACAUGGCGGCAGAUAGAAGAGAAGAGAACGUAAAGAAAGAGCGUCAGUGAGAACGGAAGAGUGGGAAGAGAGUAAUGGGGCGUAGGUUAGGGGGAAGGCCAAAUAAAGGGUAGAGAAGCACGUGAUCUAUACGUGCGUCCUACGAUUGGUGGGAGCGAAAGUAGCUAGACUCCCCACCCCUGACCUGCUCCCGCUUGCUCGACCGCUUUCCCAGGUUUCGUGCAACCGCCCGCUCAGAAUAGUUCCAGAUGUGGCCAUGUUUAGUUUGAUAUUUGAAGUUUUCGCUCAUUGUACUCACAAUUGCUACAUUUUUAUACUAUCUUUGCUGACAAUUAGUAGUAACGCUUUGUCCGAAAGAUAAUCGUACUCUUCGCCUGCCUGUCUGCCUGUCUGCCUGCCCGCUCGCCCGCCUGCCUGUCUGCCUGUCUACGGCCGCUAGUCUCGUUCAUACAAACGUUCAUUAUCUCCUCUCUUAUCAACAUAAAAAGAGAGUGAGAAAGAGAAGAAAGAGAGAUUUAAAGAGAGACUUAAAGAGAGAACAAUUAAUUAGAUUUUCUUAAAAAAAAAAAACGCGUAACGUCAUUGUCGCGUCGUUGUUACCGACUACACCGACGAAGAAAUUCAUAAAACGAUAAUCGCGCGAAUCCGUGAAUCGAUUAGAAUUAAAAAAAGGUUUCAUUUCUUGCUUUGAUAACAAUCGACGCGUUAAAAGAAUAACGAAAAUACAUCGGACUUAAUAUUAUACAUAAUAUAUAUAGAAAUACGUAGAAUCAUUGAACGCCUCGCCCUCUUGCGGUCGUUUUUUCAGGAAGGGAGCAUCUAUAGAUGCCAUCCCUUUUCCGGCCCCCCCUCUCACGUCACGGAGAGAAGAACGAAGCACGACAAAUUUGAUCACGUCGGGAUGCGAAGUGGAAGCUUUCCGUGGCCUUUGUCCGAAUUAUACAUUUUAUUCUCAUAGAUUUAUCUUAAACGCGUUAAAAUAAUUACUUUAUUGAUAUUAGUUUUUCGUUUUUAUUUACGAUCAAUCGUCUCUCACUAUAUACUAUCGCAUCCCACCAAAAUUCGUUUAAGUCAAAUUUUGUUACGCGUAACAGAGGUACAUAAACGGGAAAAUCCGAAAGGAACAAUGGUCGUUCCAUGUGCCACGUAAACAGGAAUGACGUGGCAUGAUAAGUAUCGCGCCAUUUUCUUUUCUAGUUAGUUAAUAAAAUAGAUUAAAAAAUAGAGAGACAAAAAGAUAUAGUGAAAAUAUCUUAUCAAAUUUAAGUGCGAUAUCAAUACGAAAGAAUUUCUAGGAAGAUAUCUAUAUCUAUAUGUAUAGUCAGUAAGGUUUAUCUUUCUCUCUGUGUGAAAGAGAAAGAGAGAAGAGAUAAAGAAGCGUCUGGUGAAACGAGGCCCGUUCUAAAAGCAGACUUAUAAAUUCGGGCUGGGAAAGAGGCUAAGAAUUUCUUUUCUUUUUUUUUCUUUUAUUCCAAAAAUUUACAAUAUUUUUUUUCGUGGGAAUAUGCUCGCGCUCGCAUGAAUAGAGUCUAACAGCAUAGAGGGAGAUAGAGGCACGGAUAGAGAAAGAGAGAGAGAGAGAGAGAAAACUAGAAAAAGAGGAGGGAGAAAGAGAGAAAGCGAGAUAGAGAAAGAUAGAAACGGACAAUCGGGACUUCCUUUGAGUUUGUUUGCCCAUUAUUAAGUUAUUUUCAAAGUCUCAAAUGAUCAUACACAGGCACGCGAAUCCACGAAUAAAGAUCCGUCGUGUGUGGUCGCGCUUAUCGAUCGAAUGAUCAACUUCGGGCCACAGUGGUAUAUCGUAUGGUACAAAACACGAUCGAUCGGGACAAAACAAUGGCAUUAGAGAGUGUUUCCGUGGCCGAGACUCUAAUCCAAAGUAAUAAUGAUAAUGACUUGGAAGAUGGAGAAAUUCCUUCUGAUGAAGAUGACGAGCCAAUUUCUGCACAGACAGAAAUAAUUGAACCUGCUAAGCCAGUUCCAAAACAAGAUGUAUCAAAAAAUAAAAAUUUUGAUUCUAAGUUUAAUAAAAACAAAAAGCAACCUAUUCAAGGAACAACUGCUAAACAUGAACGAUACUCAAAGUAUAAAAAUCCAUCAGAUGAUUGGGCAGGUGAUGUGGAGAAAGCUAUUAGAGCAGCUCUUGAGGAAGAUGGGGGUAGAAAUACAGAUUCAAAAUCAAAGAAUAAAACUAAUAGAAAUAAAAGUAGGAAAAGAGUGCGUGAUGAGCGAGAUGAAGAUCGUUCAAAAGAUCAAAAGAAACGGAAAUUAAGUGACGAUGAGAAUGGUAAUGAAGAUGAUGAUGAAAUGGUUUUUGUACGAGGCGCUUCUCCUAUUAGAAAGGAUUCUCAAGAUAAUAGUUCUCCUAGACAUACUAAUGAUCAUGAAAAUUUUGAUAGUAAUUCUGAUUAUGAAGAAAGGCCCAGUAUAAACCGACACAGAGAAAAUGAGAAUAAGCAGCGUGGUGGUAAUGGAAGAGGAGGAGGAGGUCGCAGAGGUGGAAAGAAUGAACGUGGUGGAAAAAAUAAAGGCCGUGGACAAUUGAGGAAUGAAAGAAAUGGGCGAAGAAUUCAAACUAAUGAACAUGGACAAGAUCCAGAAUCUAUUUGUUUGUAUUAUAUGCAAGGAAAAUGUCAUAGAGGAGAUGAUUGUCCCUAUUCACAUAAUGCUUUACCUCCCAGAAAGAUGGAACUAUGCAAGUUUUAUCUUAUGGACUGUUGUGCUAAAAGGGACAAAUGUCUUUAUAUGCACCAUGACUUUCCAUGUAAGUUCUUCCAUACUGGUUUGAAAUGUCAUCAAGGUGAUAAUUGUAAAUUUUCGCAUCAACCUUUAAAUGAGCAGGUAAAAGGGAUCCUCUUAAAACAUCUUGAAACUGCACCAAAAGAAAUUCUUGGGGACUUUCCACGUUUGAGUAGAGAAAGAGCAUCGUUAAUGAUAAGUAAUACAGCUGUAUCAUUUGCUCAAGGACAAGAUACAACGAAUCCAAAAAUUCCCAGUUUAUUUGAAUUGAAUGUACCUGCACCAAUAAGUACUUUAGACAAAAAUGAAAACAAGGAUGAAAAAGAAGAAACAUCCAAUCAACAGAAAAGCACUGUUAGGGAAAGAAAACCUUCUGGAAAGAAGACACGUUGGGGAUCAGAUGAAGAUAGAGUACCAUAUGAACAAAUUAUGUUAUUACAAUCAGCUAAUGAUCUAGGUAUUCAACUGCCUAAUGCUGCUUUAGGUUUAGCAACUCAGCAACAAUUGCAACAAAAUCAAAUAUUGCAACCAUGUGUCCCAAGCAUGGAUUUUUACACUGAAACUAAUGCAGAUUCUAAUAAAACAACUGUAAAUAAAUUCAAAGAUAAAGAAGAUUUUACAAAAGAUGUAGAAGAAGAUGAAAUUUUAGCACAAGCAAAGAAAAAAAAUACAUCCUCUAAUGAUAAUAAUUCAAAGGAUAUAGACUUGAGGGUGUUAAGAUCUUCAAAAAAACCACCACCUGUAGUUAGUAUAGCUGAUGAAGUUGCAAAUCUUAGUAAGUCCAAGCUCGAUGAAGAAAGUGAUCAAGAUGAUGAAACUGAACUUGUCAUUGAAAUGCCAGUUGAAGAUGAUGAUAAAGAGAAAGUUGCAGAACCACAAAAAGAAUCAUCGAUAUCGAAUGAACAAAGCAAUAUUUCAAGAGUAGCUUCACCUUCCAUAGAAGAGCAAGAAGUUCCAUCUCAUUUACCCAAAAAGGCUCAAGAAUUAUUUUUGCGUAUUCAGCAGCAACAACGUGCUGCACAAGAUAGCUUUAAAAAUGUAGAAGAUGAAAGCAAUGCACGUAGUACGGAUCAUAUUUUAGAAGAUUGGUAUUCAGACGAUGACGACGACGACGAUGGCGGUAAUUUAACUAUAGUGCUUUCUUCGAAAGAUGCGUCAAAAGAAGAAUCUGAACCGUCUGAAAAGGCUCAAAAUAUUAAUAUAAAAGAACAAUUUCAAGCAGCAUCUCCUACACCAAGUAUACCUCAGCCAGCAGCUAUUGUAGAUAAACUUGGAGAUUUAAGUAAAAUUGAUAUUAGUGCAGAAGUAUCAAAAUUGUUAUCAUCUCUUAAGGCACAAAGUUCAACAAAUGGUAAAACUUUACAAACUCAUCAGAAUAGCACCAUAAACACUCAAGAAUCUUUAGUUACAAAAUUGAAAUCUACACAAGAUAUAAAUAAUUCUAUAACUGAUUAUAAUCUUGUUACUAAAGUAGCUAAUAAUUCUACAUUUAAUGUUUCAAGUCAAAUUUCUAAAAUGGAAAAUGAAACAUCAAGUCCCAGGUCAUCACCUGGUACAAGUUCAACGGUAGCUCCAAUGUCUAGAGAUCCUCGAAUGUCCAGAGAUCCUCGACAACGUCGAGAUGAACAGAAACCAAGCAGUCCAAGUAGAAUAGAUCCUAAAAAGGAAACGAAACACCUUAGGUUGGAAACAAGUAUCUACAGUUCUGGUAUUACAGCAGUAGAUACUAACAUGGAUAUAGAUCUUAGAACUAGGGCAGAUCAAGAUCUCAGAAGAAAAGAUAUGGAUUUCAGGCAACGUUUUCAAACUGGAUUUGGAGAUACAGACCUUAGAGUAGUUGGUGCAGGAUUCACAGAUACAUCUACUAAAUCGGAUGUUGAUCUGCGACAAAUGUUAAGUUUACCAUUCAAACCAGCUCCUUCGCAUAUCCCAUGCACUGAAAUAGAUGCAAGCUAUAAUUCCCAUCCUCCAAUGACUUAUAAAGUAUAUGUCGUUGACAUACCAAGGCCUGAUUAUACAGGUUUAAAGCUUACAAAGAAUGAUCCACAAGUAAAGUACGAUCCUCGUCUUAGAAAAAUUUUCCGUGUUAGUAAAUCUGAAAUAGCUGAUUCUCCUAUGUCUCCACCACCAAUAAAACCAGACACGCCAAAAUCACCUCCGCAAAUUCGAUCUGAUCCACGAAGAAAAGCGCUCGAAGCUUCUAAUCAAUCCUCACAAAAUGUUAGUGCUUCCAUGAUACAAGGUGCUCCGCAACAACCUAUGGAAAUACCUAGUAUGGCUCUUGGCCCUCCUGGUAUGUCUGUUACACCAAAUAUGUCAGGAUCACAAAAUAUGAUGGCCAUGUCACAAAACCCAAUGCUUGGAAAUAUGGGACCCAUGGGUCCUAUGAUGAAUCCUUCUAUGGGUCCACAAAAUAUGCCUCCAAUGGGUAUGACCAGUAUGCAAAACAUGCCACCAACAAUGAAUAUGAAUGGACCAGUUAUGUCACAAAACCAAAUGAACUACGAUCCACGUUACAAUGCACAACGCAAUAAUGGAGCUGGACUUUUAGGCCCUGCCCCUGGUGUAGGUUUUGGACCUGAUGUUGCUCCUACAUAUGAUGGACCUCCUCCAUAUUCUGGUAAUAAUUUUAAUAAUUUUGGCCCAAACUCUGGCCCCGCAGAUCCUAGCUUAAUGGGCUUCAAUCCAAAUGGGCCAAAUCCUUCAAAUUUUGUCAUGGAUAAUGGUCCUGAUUGGAAUGGUGCAAGUCAGAGUAGACGUGGUGGACGUGUGAGGAGAAGAAAUCGUAACAGAACCAAUAUUGCGACCAAUAAUUGAUGCAAUAAAUAAUACAAAAAUAGCUCAUCCAUUGUGUAGGUACAUAACUUAAGUACCUGAUGAUAAUUCUCAUUAUGCUGAUAUAUGAUUAUUAGAGUAUGGCAUACAUUGCUAUAUAAUGCAAUGAGCUAUAUGAUUUGCUUGAAUUAUUUUAUUGUGUCAAAUAACUGUACAAAUGUUUGACAGUAGGAAUUGUCUUUAAAUAAUAAUUAGUAUAUAAAAUCAAAUACACAUUGGCAGUGUGUAUAUGUAGUACUGAUAAUUGCACUGUCUUGUGUUUUGCUCUUAAGACUAAAUGAAUAUAGAGUAAACACAAUACGGAACAAAUAAAAUUGGAAAACAUUGUUUUUGAUAAUACAGAUAAGUAAAUUUUAAGGAAAAUCUGUAUAUAUCAUGUAUUUAUGAUUAAUUCAAAAAGACAUUUAGUAAUUAAGAUAUGCAGAAUAGGAGAAUAUUAGAUUGUACUCUAAUUGAUUUAUAUUUUUGUUAUGUCUUCCAAUAUAUAGUACAUAUACACACUUACGCGCGUUCAUAUAUACAAUAUAUUUCAUUUAAAAUAUUUAACAUACCAUCUUUGCUUUUUGAUUAUACAAAAGUCAGUUAUAAAUGCACCAUCUAAAAUUUUAAUAUCUGGUUUAUUAAAACAUUAUGUUCUAUACAUGAUUUUCUCACUUUUGUAGAACUAAUUUUUGUAUAGACUUUGCUAAUAGAUUAAAAAAUAAAAUAAUAUCUUAGUUCCUGUUUUCAUUUAUUGUAUUACAUCAUUAUCUUAUAAUAUAAACAAACAGUUUGGUGCAAUUAUAAAUCUAAUGUUCAAACAUUAAAUAUUAAAUUAUGUUAUAGAAAGUAAGUAGCUCUCUUUGAAUAAACUUUCAUGAACAUAAUAAAUUUUUAAAACUUUUUAAAUACAAUAUAUGUGUAGAUACCAUUCUUAAUUUACUUACUUUUCCUAUAACAUAAACAACGCCAUUUUUGUUGACUUUUGUUGAACGUAUUUUGUAUGUCCAUAAGCAAAGAAAAUAUAGUAAAUAAUACAUAGCCCUAUACAAAACAUAUUUAUAUUUAAUAUAGUGUACUAUAAUUGGCACGAAGUCCAACUUACUUUUCCAGAUUUUUUAAUAUAAAUAAAAUUACCCUAUAUGAAUCUAAUACAAAAAAUGUUACCUUUUAUAAAAAAAUAAUGUGUCAAUUUUAUAAGUCUGUUAUAUAUGAAAUAAUUUUGUGCAAGUAUGGUAAUUUAGGAGGUAUUUAAUAAUUUAAACUUUGUGUUAUAUUAAUUGAAUACUUUUUUGCAACUUAUUAUUUUCAUAAAAUUGUAUUAAAUCAUGCAAUAUAGAUUGCAUUAAUAUUUUUUAUUGCAUUAAUAUAAAACAAAUUUGUAUACCUCCGAUAGAAAUCAUACUUUACAUUUAAAUUUAUGGUGCAAGUUUACUGUUGGUAGUCUAUAAAAUGUUUUAUUCUAAAAAUUGUAAUUUAAUUUAAAGCAAUAUAUCACGAUAUGAAGCCAUAUGUAAUACCGAGGCAAACACAUAUAUACACAUUAUUUAAACAAUGUUAAAUUACUUAACAUAUUCAAAUUCAUAUUGCAAUUACUAGAUUUUCUUUUAUCAUGUUAUAUAUCAUGAAACAAAAUUACAUUUAUCAAAAAAUAUGGUUUAUUAUAUCAUAAGAUAUUUGUACAGUUUAUUGAUAUAGGAUGUUAUUUUUUUGGCUUUAUUUUAAUAAUUGUAAAUAAUUGUGUAUUUGCUCUGCAAACUUUUUUAAAUACAAGUACAUUAAAUAUAAUUAUAAAAACAUA